UUUCUCUCAUGGCUUCUUUGAAUAAUUAGUUCCCUGUGGCUAAUGUUUAUGGAAAGUUCAUUGCUAUUUGGUGUUUAACUUAAUGAAUCUGCUGUGAAUUGGUAGACACUAGAAUGGUGUGGUGCAAUAUUUAUCAUGUGACCUACACUAUUGGAUAGAAAUUUGUAUACUGAUUCAACGUUUACAACUGUUACUUCCACUUAUCUUUCUGUAACAUCUGAGCCAUUUGUGGCACAACUGUAUCAUACACAGUGCUAUUUCUGGGAACAGGAUGGUUAAUCCAGUGUUAGAUUAGGGUGGUAGUCAUUUUUCUUUGCUCUUAUUGUUUUUUUAUUAAAUCAAGCAUUCACAUAUCUGAUGCUCUUGUUAAAUAGUAUUCAGUAUUGAAAGCUUUGAACCAUGUGUGUGAAUUGUGUUGUUGUAAGUUGUUGAAUGUAGUACAUCACCCUGCUGUUGCCAGCCACUAUUGCCUGCAUUCAUAAGUCCAGCAUGAGAACAAUGGAGGAUCGACGAGUGGCUGACUAUUUUGUUGUUGCUGGUCUAGACAGAAACCAACUGCUGCCUUUAGAAGAGUUUUCAAAUGAAGCAAUAACUAAACCCACCAGCCGUUUGGAUCCAAUUACUGAUAUUACAGUUAUAAACAGGAGUUUAGGUGAGAAAGUCCCCAAAGGAUUUGAGUGUAUUGAACAGACCCCCACAGGAUACCCAGCUAACCUCAACCAUGGGAGUAUACGCUGUCCUGAUAUGUUUAUCUGCUACAGGAGGGGGAGGGACAAACCUCCUCUCAAAGAUUUAGGAAUAUUGUACGAGGGUAAAGAGCGUGUAAUGGAUGGCUGUGAAAUUGUCAGCACAACAAUGGAAGGUCAUCCUGCUAAUGUAAACAACAGCAAUAGCAGCCGAACAUACGUAACAUUUCGUAGAGCUGACAAAUCAGCUCCUAGUGACACCUUGGUUGUUGUAGACAUAUGUGUUAUCUUAGGUAGUCGGGGAGAAGAACCACCUUUGACAUUCUUGAAGAUUUUGAAAAAUUUAAACAAAGGCAUGCUGGGUUCUGAUGUUUUUUUGUGUUACAAAAAAGCUAUGGUAAAAACAGAUGUACUAGCUUACAAGGCAUCAAUCCUUGGACGUUAUCCAUUAGAAGACCGUGAAGAGUUUCCAUUACCAGAAUCUGUGCCUAUGUUUUGUCUUCCUAUGGGAGCUACUAUUGAGUGCUGGUCAGCUGAUGCCCAGCAUCCAGUGCCAAGUUUUUCUACCUUUAUUCUAACUGGUGCAGGCGGAGAAAAGGUCUAUGGUGCAGCUGUUAGUUUUUAUGAAGAGCACAAGGAGGAAAAUCUUACAGAUAUGCAGAUGAGAGCUUUAGGUCUAAAGAAUAAGCAUAUCCGCCAACAGUUUCAUAUCCUUAAAACUGUUCAUGUGCGCAAGUCUAUAGCUCUGCUGUCUCACUGGCCUUUCUUUGAUGCCUUUAAGAAGUUCCUCUCACAGCUCUAUAAGAUCUCUAUCACUGGACCACAUACAGUACCCAUGGAGAGACACAUUUCACAUUUUAUGUAUGAUGUCCCAUAUCCUUCUCCUGAACGUCCACGCAUACUGGUUCAAUUAACACAUGAUUCUAUUUCCUUGUGUAUGCCUGAAGACUCACCACUGCCCCAAAGUGGAGCAUCCUUCAUUACAUUGUUGAGGAAUUUGGGGCCUGAGUUGACCAUGAAUCUUCUCUUGUUUGUCUUGCUGGAAAACAAAAUCUUGCUUCAUUCCCUGCGACCAACUGUCCUGACAGAAGUGGCUGAGGCUGUAUCCAUGAUGAUAUUCCCAUUCCACUGGCAGUGUCCUUAUAUACCACUGUGUCCACUGGGUCUCUCAGAUGUCCUCAAUGCUCCUUGUCCUUUUAUUGUUGGUGUUGAUUCCCGUUAUUUUGAUCUGUAUGACCCACCUCCAGAUGUUAUAUGUGUGGAUCUUGACACUAGCAGAAUUUCCCCACCUGAAGACAAAAAGUCUUUGAGUUUUAAAAACUUGCCUAAGAAGCCCAGUAGAGUGAUGCUAGAAAGUUUGUCUAAACUUUAUGAAGAAGCCAGCCAACCCAGUGUACAUAAACAUGGAAAUGAUGAAGUCUCUCUGGAGAUGACACACUUUGAUUUGGAUUUUAGACGGAAAAAACAAGAUAUGCAGCUUGAGUUUGCAAUCCAGGAAGUUUUUCUAAGGUUCACAGCUUGCUUAUUGAAAGACUACAAAAAUUUCCUGAAUCCAAUAAUGAAACAGCCUAACAGCCGCACUACUGAUGCUUCAUCUCUAUUUGAUAUGCAGGGAUUUCUUAAAAGCCGAGACAAGGCCAACACCAAGUUUUUCUCCCAAUUGAUGCAUACACAGAUGUUUUUUCGCUUUAUCGAGGAAAGAUCUUUUGUGUCAGAUAAAGAUGCUAGUCUUGCUUUCUUUGAUGAAUGUGCAGAGAAGGUUGAUGAAACUAGUGACACACCAAAACUGAUUGAGAUUGAUAACAGCCAGAUGAGUGAAAGAACAGUGUUCAUAAUGCCGCCAGAGCCAGUAAAUUUACCUGAAGGAGUUAAGUACAGCUACAAUGGCUUCCCUGAGUUGAACCAAGAGCUGUUUCUUGCUAACAAGAAGUCAGUGUUGCCUGUACCAACAAAAGCAACUUGCCCCAACAGCCCACUAGCCAGGAGAACAAAGCAAGAAGUCAAAUCUGCACAAAAGGUAGCUCAGCAACAGGUGGGCAAUCCAAAGCUAUGGGCAAAGUGUCUGGUCAGCUACUGCUACAGCCUCUGGUUUGUUGUGUUCCCUGCUUUUGUCCAGGCUCGCCCCAAGAAAAUAGAAGCUCUAAAAAUUGGAUUUGCUGUUCUAAGAAAGAUGCAAGAAGCUAAGCUAAUCACAGUGGACGAGUUGUGCUAUCGUGUCUUGAUGCAACUAGCUGGCCAGUACAACAAACCUGGUUUAGCUGUCCAGGUUUUCUCACAGAUGAAGAAAAAUGGAGUCCAGCCUAAUGCUAUCACUUAUGGUUAUUACAAUAAGGUUAUGCUUGAGGCAAAAUGGCCUUCUCCGCAGUCCAAAGGUCGUCUAAGGUGGUUGAAAAUUCGCAAUGUUAUCAUUGGGGUAGCUCAGUUCAGGCGAGCCAUUAGACGCAGAAGUAUCUCCAUCUACUCCAACUCUGGUAGUGAGUUUGAUCAGAUCAGCCACACAAGUGUGGACAGUUAUCUAGGGGAGUCCAAGGGGGACAAGAUGCAGCCUACCCAAGAUGGUGGGCCUGCCAGUGAUGACCUCAACACCAAGUGUACUGCCAGUUUGGAGGAGAGGAUGAGUACAGGUGGUGUUUCAGACAGAGGCUACAACUCAAUGACACAGGAAGAUGUCAGACACUUGGCCCAGAUUGUCAUGUCUGUCAGUUUAAAUGACGGCAAUGACAAGCCCAAAGGUCCUACAUGGAACCCUCUGAAGGCUGGGGGCAAGUCUAGACAUUCAGAUAAACCCAAGAAGGAUGUGCACAUCUUAUCUGACAGACAGCACAGACCUCGUGUAGGGAGCAUUGUAAAGCGCUCCAUUAGCAGCAUACAGAAAACUCAUGUCAGUGAUAUGGAGACUCUUAAAGGCUCAAUCUUGGUCAACAGCUGUGGUCUGGUGAUGCUGAGCAAGGCGUGCCUAGAGAAAAGUGUAGUGAGCCCUGACCUGCAGCUGGAGGAGGUCAAGAGACGCAGACAUCGCAGUGCAGGGGAGAGCAAGCCUGGCCGCUCCAUGAGUCUGUUUGCCAGCUGGAUGCCUCAGACACAGAGAAGCAGUGCUGAGCCACAGUUCACUUACUCACAGCUGUUAAAAAAUGAUGCUGACAGUCAGGAAACUUGUCAGGCGCAGUCUUAUGGUACACAAACACUCUCAUCUCCUAGUGAGGCUAGCAGUCACAUACCAGAGUCAGAAAAUCCUAGCACUAACACAACAGAUCAUCAUCAAGUCAAUAACUCAUCAUGCAGCUGUAAAGAGUCUGACCAUCUCCUGAUCACCAUCAAAGAAAAUGAUGAGUGUUUAUCUAGUAGAGAACCAACAGAGGCUUCUCCUGACCCCACCCACACCUCAUCACAAGACAUUAGUGCCACCCCUGACCCCACCCACACCUCAUCACAAGACAUUAGUGCCACCCCUGACCCCACCCACACCUCAUCACAAGACAUUAGUGCCACCCCUGACCCCACCCACACCUCAUCACAAGACAUUAGUGCCACCCCUGACCCCACCCACACCUCAUCACAAGACAUCAGUGCCACCCCUGACCCCACCCACACCUCAUCACAAGACAUUAUUGCCACCUCUGACCCCACCCACACCUCAUCACAAGACAUCAGUGCCACCCCUGACCCCACCCACACCUCAUCACAAGACAUCAGUGCCACCCCUGACCCCACCCACACCUCAUCACAAGACAUUAGUGCCACCCCUGACCCCACCCACACCUCAUCACAAGACAUUAGUGCCACCCCUGACCCCACCCACACCUCAUCACAAGACAUUAGUGCCACCCCUGACCCCACCCACACCUCAUCACAAGACAUUAAUGCCACCCCUGACCCCACCCACACCUCAUCACAAGACAUUAGUGCCACCCCUGACCCCACCCACACCUCAUCACAAGACAUUAAUGCCACCCCUGACCCCACCCACACCUCAUCACUGGACAGAAAACUGAGAGAAAAAGGUGAAACUAUUUCUGUCCGACGUGAAAUCCGGCGCUCAGUGUCCAUCCCUGAGGACAGAUUGAGUGGUCAGCUGAGUGAAGCUCUAAUGAAGCAGUCCCUGAGUGAGAGCGGCCACACGCUGAGCUCACCUGGCCUACCUGAGCCAGCAGUUGGCCAGCAGCCAGAAGACACCCAGUCCAUCUCCUCAUUGACUGACCAGAAGAGACCUAGUGAAUUCCUCUUCAAACGGACUCAGAGUCUUAAAAAAACCAAUGAAAAGAUUGGAACUUUUCUCAAAUAUGCAUCCUAUGCAUCCAAAGCAGCAUUUAGCAAACUGAAUGAGCUAAAGCAGACUAUAAGUACGCCCAUUAAGAAUGGCUCGUUGGGAUCUCUGGCUUCACUUAGCCAGUCAGUGGAGGAACUGGACGCUAGCAGCACCAGUGGCACUCUGCGGGAGAGACUCAAGCAUGGGGGCAGCCAGGACCUGCUCACUCCAAGUGAGGACAGUGACCCAGAGGACACCGACAAGAGGUUGUCUGGACUCUCAUUAGAAAGUGUUCCAUCUCCAUCAAUUUUGGAAUACAGUCACUUUAAAGAUGUCUCUGGUGGACCAGCAAUAGGGUCAGCCAGUGAUAAGUCAUCUGUUGAUCUCAUCAAUGUAGCAAUGGAGGUUGAGAUGAGUUCGUGUUCCCGGUGUACUAAGUGUAACAGGCUACUUUAUGAUGAGGAAAUUAUGGCUGGUUGGUCAGCUGAAGAUUCUAAUCUAAAUACCAGUUGUCCAUACUGUCAUGCCAAGUUUGUUCCCCAUCUGCAAGUCUAUAUCAAGGACUGGCGAGCUGACGCAAAAAGCUUCACCUUUAACAAUGAGCAAGCCUACCCAGCCAGUGAGAAGCUUCUAGCCAUUGCAAACAAGCAAAAUUUAACCGAGCCAAGUUCACUGGAUCGAGGUGAGAUGCCUUUGUCAAUGGAGGAAGCUGAGCUGACCAUGCGCAGACGCUGCACCAGUGAGUGCCUGAUCAGUGAGCUUGCUGGCUCCAACAUGGACAGUCCCAGCCACCAGUUCCAGCGCUCACCUCUUAGUCUGUCCAUUGAAGAAGAAUCUUCAGACAGCUCACCUGAAAAAAAUUGCAUGAAAAAAGAGUUUAUGUCCAGGUCGGCAUCAUCCUCCGAGCCUGUUGUUGUACCAUAUCUCAGCCCUCUUGUGCUUCGUAAAGAAGUGGAAUAUGUGCUGGAUCAUGAGAGCAAUUUGUGCCUUGCUUCAGAUGGUUUUGUAGAGGAACAUCCCAUAAUCUUUUGGAACCUGAUUUGGUUUUUUCGACGAAUUGAGGUCCCAACACAUUUGAUAGACUUUCUCUUAACAUCUAAAAUUUUUAAUUCCCAUCAUUCAACAGCUGGACACAAAGGUGUAUUUAGCAGUCAAAACAUUUUGAUUCGACCUCAGUGGGACAAUGUGAGGAUCCAUGAUGAAGCAGGACUUCCCAUGUACUCUGCUUGGAGAGCAGGUCACAAAUCUACAGUUGUUGAUGCUUUAGUUAUAGAAUCCGAGUCUUUUAGUCGACCCCUUAUGUGGCAGAUAAUUGCUUCUAUCAAACGUAAUGACGUGUCUGCGGCCAUCAGGCAGCUGGUUGCUGCCAGGCGUAAAAUGAAUUCACGAAAACGCAGAUUCAGGAGCAUGUACAGAGAAAUUCUUUUUUUGUCAUUUGCUGAGUGUGGAAGGGAAAACAUUGAUCAUGAUGCUUUUGACAGAGAGUACAGCCUUGCAUUUGAAACAAAACUUCAAGCCGCAGAUAUCCGUCGUCUACAGGUGGAUGACCAUCCCAAGUCAGAGAAGGUUCAGUGGUGUAGAAAGGUAUUUGGGGAGCUAGAAGUGUAAGACACAAAUUUCGGUGUAGAAUUUGGUGCUAGAAGAAUUAGGUUGUAAAGGUCUUAGUAAAACUAAUAGCAUCAGGUCAAUGGAAGCUUGAUGAAUGAUUAACUUAUUGAUUUUUGCUCUUGUUAGAGAGCUUGUACUAUAGUGAACUUGUUACUGCCAUUCAUUGGUGCCUACUAUGUACAAGCACUGAAUGUUUUCAUACCAUGUUAGUUUAGAUUGCACUCUUUGAAUCGUUACAAUUAUGUUGUACAUAUUUUACCAAUUUAAACAAUAAUUACAAGAUUUUUAUCUCUUAUUUCUCUGAUUGUCUAGAAAUAGAAGCCACAAUGAUUGUCUUGCUUUAGUGUUCCAUGUUUAUACUGGUUUUGGUCCAUAUUUAUUCUGGUCCAUGACCAUUGGUUUAUACUUUACUGGCUGUGUUAGGUUUCCACUGCACUACUGCAGUCAACAUUCCAGAAGUGGCUUGGGCAACAUCUGGGCAAA